CUUUCUCUGGCUUAACCCCUUUGCUGCAGAAACCCUAGAAUUAAUAUAGAGCUGAAGAGAUGGGAAGAGGGAAGAUUGUGAUUCAAAGAAUUGAUAACUCUAGUAGCAGGCAAGUGACUUUUUCGAAACGAAGAAAGGGGUUGAUUAAGAAGGCAAAAGAACUAGCAAUUCUUUGUGAUGCAGAAGUUGGACUUGCGAUCUUUUCUAGCUCUGGCAAGCUGUAUGAAUUUGCAAGCACCAGCAUGAAAUCUGUUAUUGAACGAUACAAUAAAACAAAAGAAGAAAAUCAACAAUUGAUGAAUCCAACAUCAGAAGUUAAGUGUUGGCAAAGGGAGGCAGCAGUAUUAAGGCAACAAUUGCACAACUUGCAAGAAAGCCAUAGGAAAUUAUUGGGAGAACAACUUUAUGGUUUAAGUGUCAAAGACCUACAAAGUUUAGAGAAUCAAUUGGAAAUGAGUUUGCAGGGUAUUCGCAUGAAAAAGGAACAAAUCUUAACAGAUGAAAUACAAGAGCUUAAUCGAAAGGACAACCUUAUUCAUCAGGAAAAUUUGGAAUUAUGGAAGAAGGUUAACCUUAUACGUCAAGAAAACAUGGAAUUGUACAAUAAGGUUUAUGGCACAAGGGACAAGAAUGCAACAACUAGCAACUCCUUCAUCUUGUAUGGUUUCAAUAGUGAAGAAAGUUCCCAUAUCCCUACCCAUCUACAACUAAGCCAGCCUGAGCAGCCAAACUAUGAGGCACCACCCAAAGCAACCAGACAACAACUGCAUUGAAGCACCGAAGAGAUUGAGGCGGAUGUUUAUCCUCAUAAGGUAAAAUACCAAACAAUAAAUAAUAUGAUGGUCAGAGUGAAUAUAUCUAAAUAAAACCAAUCAAUGAAAUAAAUUUGACCUUGUCUAUGGUAUCAACAUUCAUCCAUAUUCAUAGUGAAACCCAACAUAAUAUCCAUGUAAAGUUGUAAAUUAAGGAAAAUAAAAUAAAAUAUUAUGUGGUUAUAAUUUUACUCAAUUAUUUAUACAAA